AUGUCGAGAAGAUAUGAUUCCAGGACUACGAUCUUCUCCCCCGAAGGCCGCCUUUACCAGGUCGAAUACGCUCUAGAAGCCAUCUCGCAUGCAGGAACAGCCCUUGGGAUACUAGCACAGGAUGGAAUCGUGCUGGCCGCAGAGCGGAAAGUCACCAGCAAGCUCCUGGAACAAGACACAUCGGCGGAGAAGCUCUAUAUACUGAACGAUAACAUGAUAUGCGCCGUGGCUGGGAUGACGGCAGAUGCCAACAUCCUCAUCAACUACGCCCGCCAAGCCGCUCAGCGCUACCUCCUCACAUACAAUGAAGAAAUCCCGUGCGAGCAGCUCGUCCGUCGCCUUUGCGAUCUGAAACAGGGCUAUACCCAACAUGGUGGUUUGAGGCCGUUUGGCGUCUCGUUCAUAUACGCCGGGUACGACCCGCUCCGGCACUUCCAGCUUUACCAGAGUAACCCCAGCGGUAAUUACGGUGGAUGGAAGGCGACGAGCGUAGGUGCCAACAAUGCUAGUGCCCAGAGUCUGUUGAAACAGGACUAUAAGGAGGAUUGCGACUUGAAGGAGGCUUGCGGAAUGGCUGUGAAGGUCCUUAGCAAAACUAUGGACUCUACGAAACUGAGUGCUGAGAAGAUUGAGUUUGCGACGGUAGGAAAAACUAAGGAUGGGACGAUAUACCACCACCUCUGGGGAGCUGAUGAGAUCAAUGCUCUGCUUAGGGAGCAUGGGCUAGCUAAGGAAGAGGAUCAAGAAACCGGAUAG